UGGUGAGGAGGACGCCGCCGAUGACACAAGAAAGUAUCGCAAACUCUACUGUUUCACGUUUUUUCGGAUACGUUUCUUGUAUCCGUGUUAUACUCUGUUGAAAAGUUGGAGAUUUGGAUUAAGCAGAUCUUCUCAACUAAAAGAAAGCAGCCAGAAUGUCAGAUGCAGAGAAGUUCCUCUAUGCUGACCGCAACUCUAUCAAUGACCCUUUGGCCCAGGCUGACUGGGCCUCUAAGAAGCUGGUGUGGGUUCCCUCAGAGAAGCUUGGCUUUGAGGCUGGCUCCAUCAAAGAGGAGACUGGAGAUGAGUGUCUGGUGGAGCUUGCUGACUCUGGGAGGAAGAUCAAGGUGAACAAGGAUGAUAUCCAGAAGAUGAACCCACCCAAAUUCAGCAAGGUAGAGGAUAUGGCAGAGCUCACCUGCCUGAAUGAAGCUUCGGUUCUGCACAACCUUAGGGAGAGAUACUACUCUGGACUCAUCUAUACAUACUCUGGCCUCUUCUGUGUGGUGAUAAACCCAUACAAGUAUUUGCCUAUCUACACUGAGGAGAUUGUAGAGAUGUACAAAGGCAAAAAGAGGCACGAAAUGCCCCCUCAUAUCUACGCCAUUACAGACACUGCAUACAGGAGCAUGAUGCAGGAUCGAGAGGAUCAGUCCAUAUUGUGCACAGGUGAAUCAGGAGCUGGAAAGACUGAAAACACCAAGAAAGUAAUUCAAUACCUUGCACACGUAGCAUCAUCCUUUAAAACAAAGAAAGAUCAAAGCAGCGUCACCCUGUCACAUGGUGAGUUGGAGAAACAGUUGCUUCAGGCUAACCCAAUUCUGGAGGCCUUUGGCAAUGCCAAAACGGUGAAGAACGACAAUUCUUCUCGAUUCGGAAAGUUUAUCAGGAUCAACUUUGAUGUCAAUGGCUACAUUGUUGGAGCCAACAUUGAGACCUAUCUGUUGGAGAAGUCUCGUGCGAUCAGACAGGCCAAAGAUGAGCGGACCUUCCAUCUUUUCUAUUACUUGCUCUCAGGAUCAGGAGACAAGCUGCGCAAUGAGCUUUGCCUAGAGGACUACAAGAAGUACCGUUUCCUUUCAAAUGGAAACGUGACCAUUCCUGGUCAACAGGAUAAAGAAAUGUUUGCAGAAACCAUAGAUGCCUUCAGGAUUAUGAGCAUCCCAGAGGACGAGCAGACAGGUCUUUUGAAAGUGGUGUCUGCAGUGUUACAGCUGGGAAAUAUGAGUUUUAAAAAGGAACGCAACUCUGACCAGGCAUCCAUGCCUGAUGACACAGCUGCCCAGAAGGUGUGCCACCUCUUGGGCAUGAACGUGACAGAUUUUACACGUGCCAUUCUCACCCCACGCAUUAAAGUGGGCCGUGAUUGCGUUCAAAAGGCUCAGACUCAGGAACAAGCAGAGUUUGCUGUGGAAGCUCUGGCCAAAGCCACGUAUGAGAGACUGUUCCGCUGGCUGGUUAUGCGCAUCAACAAGGCUCUAGACAAGACCAAGCGUCAGGGAGCUUCUUUCAUUGGAAUCCUGGAUAUCGCUGGGUUUGAGAUCUUUGAGUUGAACUCAUUUGAGCAGCUCUGCAUCAACUACACCAAUGAGAAGCUUCAGCAGCUGUUCAACCACACCAUGUUCAUCCUGGAGCAGGAGGAGUACCAGCGUGAAGGCAUUGAAUGGAGCUUCAUUGACUUUGGCCUCGACUUGCAGCCCUGUAUUGAACUGAUUGAGAAGCCUACUGGUCCUCCAGGCAUCCUAGCUCUUUUGGAUGAAGAGUGCUGGUUCCCCAAAGCCACUGAUAAGUCAUUUGUGGAGAAAAUUGUCCAGGAACUGAGAAACAACCCCAAAUUCCUAAAACCUAAGAAGCUCAAAGACGAUGCUGAUUUUUGUGUUAUUCACUAUGCUGGAAAAGUCGAUUACAAGGCCAAUGAAUGGCUAAUGAAAAACAUGGAUCCUCUGAAUGACAAUGUGGCCACUCUGCUCAACCAGUCAGGAGACAAGUUUGUGUCUGAGCUCUGGAAAGAUGUGGACAAAAUUGUGGGAUUGGACAAAGUGGCAGGAAUGGCUGAAUCCAUGCAUGGAGCUGUCAAGACCCGUAAGGGCAUGUUUCGUACAGUGGGUCAACUUUACAAAGAGCAGCUCACAAAUCUGAUGACCACCCUCAGGAACACCAACCCCAACUUUGUCCGUUGCAUCAUUCCCAACCAUGAGAAAAAGGCUGGUAAAUUGGCACAUAACCUGGUUCUAGAUCAACUAAGGUGUAACGGAGUUCUAGAAGGAAUUCGGAUCUGUAGACAAGGGUUCCCCAACCGCAUUAUCUUCCAGGAGUUCAGACAAAGAUACGAGAUCCUCACACCAAAUGCAAUCCCCAAGGGCUUUAUGGAUGGAAAGCAGACCUGUGUCCUCAUGAUCAAGGCCCUGGAACUGGAUUCUAACUUGUACCGUAUAGGUCAGAGUAAGGUGUUCUUUAGGGCUGGAGUUCUUGCCCACCUAGAGGAAGAGCGAGACCUGAAGAUCACGGACGUAAUCAUCACCUUCCAGGCCUGGUGUAGAGGCCAUGUUGCUAGGAGAGCCUUUGCCAAGAGACAACAGCAGCUGACAGCCAUGAGGGUAAUCCAGCGAAACUGUGCGGCCUACUUGAAAUUGAGGAACUGGCAGUGGUGGAGACUCUUUACUAAGGUGAAGCCUUUGCUACAGGUGACCAGACAGGAAGAGGAAAUGGUUGCUAAAGAGGAAGAGUUGGUCAAAAUAAAGGAAAGACAGCAGCAGGCUGAAGACCAGCUGAAAGAGUUUGAGACCAAACAACAGCAGUUAAAUGCAGAGAAGUUGGCACUGCAGGAGCAGUUGCAGGCAGAGACGGAGCUGUGUCAAGAGGCUGAAGAGAUGAGGGCUCGUCUUGCUGCACGCCAGCAUGAGCUGGAAGAGAUCCUGCAUGACCUGGAGUCUCGUUUGGAGGAAGAAGAGGAGAGGGUCACACAGUUUCAGGCAGAGAGGAAGAAAAUGCAACAGAACAUUGUGGAUCUGGAGCAGCAGCUGGAUGAGGAGGAAGCUGCCAGACAAAAGCUGCAGUUGGAGAAGGUUACCAUGGAUUCCAAGCUGAAGAAGAUUGAGGAGGACAUUAUGCUGCUUGAUGAUCAAAACAUCAAACUGGCCAAGGAGAAAAAGCAACUGGAAGAGCGGCUUUCUGAUUUCACCACCAACCUUGCCGAAGAGGAGGAGAAAUCAAAGAGUUUACAGAAACUCAAGAACAAACAUGAGGCCAUGAUUACAGACCUUGAGGAUCGUCUACGGAAGGAAGAAAAGUUCAGACAGGAGCUGGAGAAAAACAGGCGAAAACUGGAGGGCGAUUCUUCAGAGCUGCUCGAUCAGAUCGCAGAGCUGCAGGCUCAAAUCGCUGAGCUCCGCGCUCAACUGGCCAAGAAAGAGGAAGAGCUCCAGGCUGCACUAGCGAGGAUUGAGGAGGAGGCUGCACUGAAGAACGCAGCCCAGAAGGCCAUUCGUGAGCUGCAGGCUCAGAUCUCUGAGUUGCAGGAAGAUCUGGAGUUGGAGAAGGCUGCUCGAGCUAAAGCAGAGAAACACCGCAGGGACCUGGGAGAGGAGCUGGAGGCUCUGAAGACUGAGCUUGAGGACACUCUGGACUCUACUGCAGCCCAGCAAGAACUCAGGACAAAGAGAGAGACUGAAGUUGCUCAGCUGAAGAAGACUCUGGAAGAUGAAGCUCGUGCACAUGAACAGCUCUUAGUUGAAGUCCGACAGAAACAUAACCAGGCCUUUGAGGAGCUCAAUGAACAGCUAGAGCAAGCCAAGAGGAAUAAGGCGUCUGUGGAAAAAGCUAAACAGGCUUUGGAGAGCGAUCGCAAUGAGCUUCAGAUCGAACUUCAGUCUUUGUCUCAAGGUAAAAACGAUUCGGAGCACCGCAGGAAGAAAGCGGAAUCCCAGCUCCAGGAGCUACAGGUCAAACAUGGAGAGAGUGAGAGACAGAAACAUGAGCUGGCUGAUAAAGUGGCGAAGAUGCAGUUGGAGCUUGAUAAUCUCCACGGCACCCUGUGCAAGGUGGAGAGCAAAUCUAUCAAAGCUGCAAAAGAUUGUUCCACUGUUGAGACUCAUCUUAAAGACUCGCAGGCAUUGCUGGAGGAAGAGACCAGGCAGAAGCUUGCACUUUCCACUCGCCUUCGACAGAUGGAGGAUGAACAGAACAAUCUGAAAGAGAUGCUGGAGGAGGAAGAAGAGUGCAAGAAAAAUGUUGAAAAGCAGCUGCUCAUCGCUCAAGCUCAGUUGGCUGAGAUGAAGAAAAAGGUUGAGCGGGAGGCCCAGACAGUGGAGAGUGUGGAGGAAGGGAAGAAGAAACUGCAGAAAGAGUUGGAGAGCAUUAUCCAGCAGUUUGAUGAGAGGACUGCUGGCUAUGAUAAACUGGAGAAGACCAAGACGCGUCUGCAGCGAGAACUAGAUGACGUCCUGAUAGACCAGAAUCAUCUCCGUCAGACUGUUCAGGAGCUGGAACGCAAACAGAAGAAGUUUGACCAGAUGUUGGCAGAGGAGAAGUGUGUUUCUUUGAAGUACGCUGAAGAGCGGGAUCGUGCUGAAGCAGAGGCCCGAGAAAAGGAGACCAGAGCCCUGACACUGACCCGAGAGCUGGAGGCUAUGACUGACUUGAAGGAUGAACUGGAAAGGACCAACAAGCAGCUCAAAGCGGAGAUGGAAGAUCUAAUGUCAUCCAAGGAUGACGUCGGCAAGAGUGUGCAUGAGCUUGAGAGGGCCAAGCGUGGGAUGGAACAGCAGUUAGCGGAAAUGAAGACUCAGCUGGAAGAAUUGGAGGAUGAACUGCAGCUCACUGAGGACGCUAAACUGCGUCUGGAGGUCAACAUGCAGGCCAUGAAGGCCCAGUUUGAGAGAGACCUCCAAGGCAGAGAUGAGCAGGGUGAGGAGAAACGGAAGCAGCUAGCCAAACAGGUGCGUGAGAUGGAGAUGGAGCUGGAGGAUGAAAGAAAGCAGCGUGCUCAAGCCGUAUCUUUGCGCAAGAAACUUGAGCUGGACCUGUCUGAGUUGGCUGCUCAGAUUGACUCUGCAAACAAGGCUCGAGAUGAGGCCCUCAGACAGCUCAAGAAACUACAGGCCCAAAUGAAAGAACAAACAAGAGAGUUUGAAGAUCUGCGUCUGUCCAGAGAUGAGGCUCUUAACCAGUCCAGAGAAAGUGAGCGCAAGAUCAAGAGCAUGGAAGCUGAGAUCAUGCAGCUACAUGAGAAUCUGGCUGCUGCUGACAGGGCAAAGAGACAAAUCCAGCAAGAAAGAGAUGAGCUACAUGAUGAGAUCAAUAGCCAAAAUGCCAAGAACUCUCUGGGCAGCGAUGAGAAGAGGAGACUAGAUGCACGUAUUGCUCAGCUUGAGGAGGAACUUGAGGAAGAGCAUCUCAAUGUGGAACUGGUCAAUGAUCGACUAAAGAAAGCAACACUGCAGGCUGAGCAAGUAACAGUGGAGCUGUCUGCAGAGCGCGGUAACAGUCAGCGUCUGGAGGGUUUGCGCUCUCAACUGGACCGCCAGAACAAAGAUCUCAAGCAGAAGCUGCAGGAGCUGGAAGGAGCUGUGAAGAGCAAGUACAAGUCCACCAUUACUGCUUUGGAAGCCAAGAUUGCACAGUUCGAAGAGCAGCUGGAUGUUGAGAUUAAGGAGAGGCAGCAGUCCAUGAAACAAGUGCGCCGUGUAGAGAAGAAAAUGAAAGAACUGUUACUUCAGGUUGAGGAUGAGAGACGCAAUGCUGACCAGUACAAAAAUGAGACAGAGAAAUUGAACGCUCGUUUGAAGCAGCUGAAGAGGCAGCUAGAGGAGACUGAAGAGGAGGCGACUCGAGCUAACACUUCCCGCAGGAAGCUGCAGAGAGAGCUGGAAGAUGCCACUGAAUCUGCUGAUGCUAUGAACCGAGAGGUCAGCACCCUAAAGAACAAACUCCGACGUGGAGAUUUCUCUGUCAAUGUACGUCGCACGGUUGGACGCACUGGUGCGGAGAGUGAUGAGGAAAUGGACCAGAAGAGUGAGGUGUCUGAUACGACCCCUGAGUAAACCGCCCAGUUCUGUUUAUUUUGGUUUCAGCAUAUAAAAGCUGAGCCCUUGGUUAUUACAGUCAAGGACAUUUUAUAUGCCACCAAGCUUGUUAUUUCUGUCUAAAUGUUUUUGUCUGCUUUGGGAGCACGUGUAUGCUUAAGGGGUUUCACAGCAAUUUGUGAUUGGUCUCGAGUACCGGUUUGGCUCAAAAUCCGCAUUAAAACAAUCCAUUCUCCUUCCUAUGACACUGAAAUGGUUAAGUUAACCCUUGUUGUUUACCUUGUGGAUGAACUGCCUUAAAAUGCAUUGAAUAAAUAUUGGUAUUUAUGUAUUAUACACAGGGGACAAAUAUAUAUCUGAUAUCCAUUUUCAAAUAAAUUAGUAAGUAAAAUAAUUUAGCAAAGAUGAAUAUUUGCAAGAUUGAUGCUUAUCAGCCAAAGAGAGAUUUUAAACCUACAGUAGUUAUUGUUUUUUAAAGAGCACUUCAGCACCAAUUAAGCCUUUUUAUAAUAGAUUUUUCUAGGCGCAAUGUACACUUUUUCAACCACUUUCACUCCGUUUUAAAAUGUUUUAAAAUGUAUUAAACACUGCCUUAUGUCCAUAAAGUUCUCACUCGGGAGACACUUGUGGACCACUUAUUACUUUUGUUAACUUUGUUCUGCAUUUUUCACUCCUAUACAUGUAAGAUUCCUUCAUAACGUUAUGAGGUGUUCACUUAGGUGGUGGGUUGUGUAGUAAAGAAUACAUGUAAUUUGUUCCCUGACUUUGAUUUUUGCUGCUUUGGAAUGUAUUCUUUAACCAUGUAUUUCUCUGCUGUACGCUUGUAACUUUCCUCUCCAUUUUGAAACUUCUCAUCUUGAUUGGCCUGUCAAGAAACUUUCCAGUGCAAUGGUAGUAUUUAGGAUAUCUGUGUAUUUGAAAGCCAAAAAUGGUUUCCCUCUCUCUUAACACCACAUGCUAUUUCAUUGAUUCAGAUUAUUAAAGCUUUGUCUUUUGUACCCUCAUGUUUUUCCUGAUGAUUUCUUCUAAUGGUUAACCCCAUAAUGCCUUAUCAUUUUAUACAUGAUUUUCUAAAGCCACUGAGUCUACAUAAACAUGAUCAAAACUUUGAAAACCUUAUGAACGCAAUGUACUUGAUGUCUACUACCUCCUGGGUGAACUUCUGAGCUCUUCUGGAAGUAAAAGAUCUUGUAAUAUCAUUUCGAAUAUGGCUGCCAUCGUAUUGCGACGCAUGUGUAUUUUGCAGUGAAAUCUUUGCUGAUUUUGAUCAUUACAAUUUAACGGUGUAUUAUUAGGGAGAUUUCAAAAUGUGUAUUUGCUGAAAUAAAGCAAAUUGUGCUUGCUUCAAAUUUUUUAGAUAAUUGUUUAGAAAAAUCAUGUUGAUGUGCAUCAAAUAUGAUACAACAGGCUUUUACAUUACAUUUGUUUGCACAAUAAUAAAUCACUGCUUU